AUGGCUCCUGACCUCUCCUGGGCUGUUUGCUCAGGGGCUGGCCGAGCUUUUGCAAGGUUUCCAGGGGAACUGCAGGUUUAUGGCUUUCCUGUAGUGCCCUUCCCUGUUAUCGGCUCGGCCCCAUUGAUCCCUUUGAUCGGCGUCGGCGGAGGAGGAAUUCGGCCCCACGGGGACCCUCCCGGGAGAUCUCUGAUUGCCCCUUGGGAACUGCCCCAGCCCUUGGGUGGGCUUUGGGUCAGUGCGCUGCUGGGAGCAGGGUCAGGGGGCUGGGUGCCCGCUCUCAGUGCUGCUGGGCACAGCUGCCCUCACUCUGCUGCACAGUGUGAGCACAGACCCCAUCCGCUGCUUGUGGGAUCAGGGGGGAUCCCUGGGGGAAGGUUUGGGGAGACACUGGGCUGCCUGGUGAGGUGUGUGCACUGUUCUCCUCUUGUUGCACAGCUGUACGAGUUGGAUGGUGACCCCCGGAGGAAGGAGUUCCUGGACGACCUCUUCAGCUUCAUGCAGAAGCGAGGGACCCCCGUGAACCGGAUCCCCAUCAUGGCCAAGCAGGUGCUGGACCUGUACAUGCUCUACAUGCUGGUGACGGAGAAGGGAGGCCUGGUGGAGGUCAUCAACAAGAAGCUGUGGCGAGAGAUCACCAAGGGGCUCAACCUGCCCACCUCCAUCACCAGCGCGGCCUUCACGCUCCGCACCCAGUACAUGAAGUACCUGUACCCCUAUGAAUGUGAGAAGCGGGGCCUGAGCAACCCCAACGAGCUGCAGGCGGCCAUUGACAGCAACCGAAGGGAGGGCCGUCGGCAGGGAUUUGGCAGCUCGCUCUUCACCUACUCACCUGGUGGCACCCAUGGGCUCCUCUCCUCACCCAAGCUGCCGGUGCCAGCCCUGGGGUUGGCCUCGGCCACCAACGGCGGUGCCAUCGCUCCCGUCCAGAAGAUCAAGAAAGAGGAGGACGCACCCAUCCCCAUCUCCAUGCCCAGCCGGCUGCCGGUGUCACUGGCCGGACACCCGGUGGUGGCAGCUCAAGCUGCAGCCGUGCAGGUGGCAGCAGCAGCCCAGGCCGUGGCACUGGAGCAGCUGCGGGAGAAGCUGGAAUCAGGGGAACCCCCGGAGAAGAAGAUGGCACUGGUGACAGACGAGCAGCAGCGGCUGAUGCAGCGUGCCCUGCAGCAGAACCUCCUGGCCAUGACAGCACAGCUGCCCAUGAGCAUCCGCAUCAACAGCCAGGGCACACGCUCACCAGAGAACCGCCAGGACACCUCCAGCAGCACGGCCAACAACGGCACCAACAGCAUCAGCAUGUCGGUUGAGAUCAACGGUAUCGUCUACACAGGUGUGCUGUUCGCCCAGACGCCCGGCCCUUCUUCCUCCUCCUCCUCCUCCUCCUCCUCCUACAGCAAA